AUGUCUUUUUUUUAUUCCAAGCAGGAAAAUAAUAUGGAUUCAGAGCUCAAGGAUUAUUAUAACAAGACACUUGCUGCAGAGAACAAUACUGCUGCCACUCGGAAUUCUGAUUUCCCAGUCUGGGAUGACUAUAAAAGCAGUGUCGAUGACUUGCAGUAUUUUCUGAUUGGGCUCUAUACAUUUGUAAGUCUUCUUGGUUUUAUGGGGAAUCUACUUAUUUUAAUGGCUCUCAUGAGGAAGCGAAAUCAGAAGACAACAGUCAACUUCCUCAUUGGCAAUCUGGCCUUCUCCGAUAUCUUGGUUGUGCUGUUUUGCUCACCUUUCACACUGACCUCUGUCUUGCUGGAUCAGUGGAUGUUUGGCAGAGUCAUGUGUCAUAUUAUGCCUUUCCUUCAAUGUGUGACGGUUCUUGUUUCCACUUUAAUUUUAAUAUCAAUCGCCAUCGUCAGGUAUCAUAUGAUAAAACAUCCUGUAUCUAAUCAUUUAACAGCAAACCAUGGCUAUUUCCUGAUCGCUACUGUCUGGACACUAGGCUUUGCAAUGUGUUCUCCCCUCCCAGUGUUUCACAGCCUUGUGGAACUUCAGGAGACGUUUGGUUCAGCGUUGCUCAGCAGCAGGUAUUUAUGUGUCGAGUCAUGGCCAUCCGAUGCAUACCGAAUUGCUUUCACUAUCUCUUUAUUGCUCGUUCAGUAUAUUCUGCCCUUAGUUUGUCUAACUGUAAGUCAUACCAGUGUCUGCAGGAGUAUAAGCUGUGGAUUGUCCAACCAAGAAAACCAAUUAGAAGAAAAUGAGAUGAUCAACUUAACUCUCCAUCCUUCCAAAAAGAGUGGGCCUCAGGUGAGGAUCUCCAGCAGCCGGAAAUGGAGCUAUUCAUUCAUCAGAAAGCACAGAAGGAGGUACAGCAAGAAGACGGCAUGCGUGCUGCCUGCUCCGGUGAGACCUCCUCCAGAGAACCGCUCAAGAAGGCUUCCAGAACACUCGGGCUCUGGGAAAAGUCAGCCCCCUUCAUCCCGUAAGUUUAUACCAGGGGUCCCCACUUGCUUUGAGGUGAAACCGGAAGAAAACUCAGAUGUUCAUGAGAUGAGAGUAAACUGUUCUAUCAUGAGAUUAAAAAAAAGAUCUCGAAGUGUGUUCUACAGACUGACCAUCUUGAUACUAGUGUUUGCAGUGAGCUGGAUGCCUCUGCACCUUUUCCAUGUGGUGACCGAUUUUAACGAUAGCCUGAUUUCAAACAGGCAUUUCAAGUUAGUGUAUUGCAUCUGUCACUUGCUAGGCAUGAUGUCCUGCUGUCUUAAUCCAAUUCUAUAUGGAUUUCUUAAUAAUGGGAUCAAAGCCGACUUAAGGUCCCUUAUACGCUGUCUUCAUAUGUCAUAA